CAUAAAAAAUUAGACGUUCAAAAGAUAUUGCUGUAAACAUUAUUAUUUAAAGUAUAUAUUAGUGUCACCGCUGGCAUUAAUCCUUUUGCAUUUAACAAAUUUUUGCAGUAAUUGGAUUUAAACUCUAACUUCAUGUCCUACUUUUGGUUUCAACAAAGAUUACGAAUCAGUCGAUGUACAAGCAUUCAUUUGGAAAAGUGAAGUCGUGCAACCACUACACGAGAUCAAAGUAACAUUCAAAACUCAACACUGCGAAAAAGUGCAACUGGUAACAUGAUCUUUCUCUUCGAAUUAUAUUUCGGUGGUGAACUGAAGAGGGCCCAACCUUUUGUGUUCGUGACAUUCAAACAUGCGCACUGAUCAAAACUUUAUUUCACAAGGUCUAAAAAGUAAAAAGGAAAAAAGUUAAUUAUAAAAUCAGAUAUAUAAUUUUUUGUUGAACACUUAUUAUAUAACUAAAUAUUUCUGUUAAAAACUUGUUUUGACGGAAUUAAUAAGACGGCUUUCAAACAUCAAAACAUGAAAAAAGGGAGCUAAUCUUACACUCAAGCAUAAAAGACGAGGUGAUUGAUAUUGACUAAGGGCACGUAAAAGCAGAAAGGGUAAGACAAACAACACGAUGUUUGCAUCAAAGCUUCUCUUUUUGCUUCUGGUGGUAGCUGUGAUAGUGCAGACAGAUUGCUGGAGACGCAGAAGACGUAGAAGAAGUCCACCAGUAUGCCACAGAAGAAAUUGCGUCAGUUCAUGGGGAGCAUGGUCUGCUUGUAGUUGCUUAAACCAAAGAACAAGAACGUUGCGAAUUGUUUCCCACCCUGCUUGCGGUGGUGCAGCUUGUCCGUCAGUACGCAGGCAAAUUGGAACAUGUUAUGGACGUUGUACAACUGGAGCAGGUUAUUGUGAUGUCAGAUCAGGUCGAUGUAGAUGCAAUUCAGGACGAACGGGUUCUAGAUGUCAAUCGGUAUGUCCUAAGGGAAGAUAUGGCCAUAACUGUGCCAGGCGAUGCAACUGUGUUGCAGGAAUAUCAUGUGAUGCUACAAAAGGGUAUUGCAAAUGUCCAGUAGGAAGAUCAGGACGGAGAUGUCAAUUCACUUACAGAUGUCCAAGAAGAAACCGAUGUUACACAUUAAAACCAACCUUGGUAAAAUACAACCAUUGUUAUCUUCAGCAACGCGUCGGCCGCCGUCCUGUUAGCUCUAGCUGUCCACGGAGAACCCAUUACGUUAACAGAUGUCUCUGUUACAAUAAUUGCACUCCGGCGAACAUGUUUAAUUCUCGCAAGUGUGUUUGCAAAUGUAAAGCUCCGAGAUCCGUUUCUGUUCAUAGUUACUACCGUGGGAAAUACGUGACACGCGCUAUCUGCUGUCCAAGACAUCCGUUUUUCUAAACUGUGGUUGAUACAAAGCUGUUUCACACUUUCUUUAAGAUAAGCAAACCUUGUAAUUCAGUAUAUUAACACACUUGUAAAUUGAAGAAACAAAUUCUUCCCAGCACUUUCUAUUAUCAGCAUGUUGAAUUUUUCCUUGAUUAAAUACAGAAGUAACAUAAAUAGCGAUCUUUCUAACGAUGAAACUUAGUAUAUAUGUUCAAAGAAAUUGACGAAACAAGCUAGGUUAUAUGUCUGGUAAAAUCGUGGGCAUCGAUCGAGGGCGAAAAUAACGUAAUUGAUGUUAAAUAGUGAGGAAAACAUGUCAAAAAUUGCUGGUAACAACGGAACUUACCUUUUCUCGUGUUGCUAUCUUAAUAUCCACUUAUUGCUACUGAAAGGUGACUUUCAACCUACAAUCGUAGAAAAAAAGUAAUAAAAAAUCACGAAAAAUAUUGAUACUUUGUCAAAACUUGGUAAUGAGACACUGGCAUUCCUUCUACCCCUUGCCAAUUCUGGAUUCGUAUUACACCAAUUAAUUCAAAGCGGUAAUUAUCGAGUAGCCUGGAAAACAUUCAACUUCAGCUCGCUAGCUACCAGUGGAAAUUAAAGAGAACUAGAAUUUUGUUUUAGAAGUGUUUUUAGACUAACUCACCAACUGGGCUGAGCUUUAGGUUGGUAAGAGGCCCUUUGCCCCAAAUAUUACCAAAUCAGAGCGAACCGAUAGCUCGCUUGUAGUAGGAUAGUUAUCUGAGACGAAACAAUAAAAUCAGUAGAUGUAUGGUUGGCUAAUUGAAAGUUCUUAAAGUACUUGGAUAUUUUCUAUCCCUUCGUAAGUAUUGGCUACCUUGCGACUUUUUUAUGUUAUUCCUAUCUCGCCUUAAUUGUCCACAAUAGGAGGAAUUCUGACCACAUUUUAAAUAUAUGACUAGUUGUAUUUUUUAUUGAGUGAUUCCUAUGUAGAAAAACCCUUCAUGGACUUUUUUAUUAUCACAUAAUAUCUUUAAAGCCUUCUUCCCAUUGAAAUCCGUGAUUGUUGUGCAACAGAUAUUAAUUAUACGUUGUGUGCUCGAUUAGCGACCACAUUUUAAACGAUUGGGACAAACCAAAAGACAAGCUCUCCAAGUUACUUAAAGUGUCGAACUCCAAGUUGGUUCAUCGGGGCAAGAGUUUUUUCUUAUCUUUGAAUUUCGUAUUCCGUAACUUAAUUUAUCUUCAAGAAGAAUAGUUUUUUAAUAGUUUAUUCUACAGUGAAAAACGUCUUAUUUUUUUAUUUCUCUUACGAGCCUCGCUUUGAAACAAAAAUCACUUUUAUAAUAAUUAAAUAAGCCGUUGUAGCAGGUUGUUUAUUCGCAGAAUAAAAUUUUUAAUGAGGA